AGUUGAUGGGGGAAAGAGGCUAGAAAAUAUUUUAGCAUUCAUUGGUUCGUUCAUAUUAACACCAAAGGACGGUCCUUUGCCCCACUUCCCUCUAUCUAUUGAAUAUUUGAUCUUCUUCUCUCUAUUCUCUCGCUCUGGGGAAAAAAAAAAAAAACCGAAAGCCCAUCUUCUCUUAACCUUCUCAAUCAACAACUUUACAAAUCAAAAGGGCAAAGUUUGCAUCUUUGAUUGGUUUCUGUUAGUGGGUUUGCUUCAGAGAGCGCAACAAUGGCGGGAAUAGCUAUUGUCUUGGAUCUGUUGAGGAAAAACCCAUCUUUUUACACUUCUCAUGCCGUUCAUUCUUGUGGGUUUUUCUCCGCCCCUGCUGCUGCGGCUUCCCUCGCUGCCGGAAUCCCUUUUGCCUACAAAGCUCUAUUUGGUAAUUUCAGGAUACCGGUUGCUCAUUGCGAUGCUGGAACAACAUGGUCCGAAGAAUAUGUUUCUAGUUUGCGAAGUGCGUCUGAGAGAAUCUUUCAGAAUGAUGCAAUUAAAUACAGUGCUAAGGAGUACAAGAUUGAGUUAAAGCCUCUAUUUUCGGCUUUUGAGCUUAGGACGUUCGCUAUGACAACUCUGAGAUCAUUUUUGCUGUUCUAUUUACCUCUUCUAGAGCCCCGUUCGAAUUUGGAAGAGGAUGAUGAUGACUUUCUGCAGGACACCAAUGAAGAACAGCAUGUAGAUUAUGUUGCUCCAUUCAAAAAAUCUGUCAAACAAAUCUGUCGUGAGACUACUGUUGUGACCAGUAGAAGAAUUUUGGAAAGAAUGGCUGUCCACUAUAUUUCCCAGCGUAUGGCAUGGAAACUUUUAAAAGAUGUUCCAAAAUCAGCUACACGCAAGGCUACAAGAGGAAUGCCUCAUGUAUUCUUCUUCAGAGUUAGCAGAACAACUUUCAGAGGACACUUUCUAGGAGUUGCAGCAUCAUGGAUCGUUCAAGUUUCCAUUGAGAUUUACCGAUUCUUUCGUCGCAUGUUACAUUCUAAAGAAGAGGAUGAUGAGGUUGAAACAACUGAACAAGUCAAAAAUCUGGGGAAGAAGAUUUCAGCUACUACUGUCAGGUGCAGUGCAUCACUAAUUUUUGCAUCUAUCGGAGCAGGGAUUGGUGCCACCCUAUUUCGCCCUUCAGUUGGCCAAUGGAUUGGUUCUGCCGUUGGUGAUUUGGCAGGGCCUAUUAUUGUAUCAUCUUGCGUUCAGAGAGUCUUUCAUCUCGAAAUUUAGGUGCUAGAGUUGAUUUUCCUGAUAUAUUUUUGGCUUACUUCAAAUUUGACUAUUGUACUUCCCAAAUUUUGAAUCAUUUUUAUGAUUGAAUUUCCCAAAAAAGGAAUCAUAAGGGGAUGAAUCAUUUCUAGCUGUAAUUGACUUUAGCAGGUGUUGAAGAAGCCAUUUUGAUAUUCAUCAGAGUUUUCUCUUUAUAGAGACGGUUGCAAUUUAUCAUAGAUAAUUUUUUUUUCUUUUUUUUUUUCUCGUGUAACAAUUUACGUGACUGAUGGUAAAUGAAUAAAUAGAAGCGACCUUGGU